UAAGUGUCGUAGUGAGGCUGGUGGGGGAGGUUGUAUGGAUAGGGGUCGGAACCCUGUUGCCCUGAGACACAUGAAGACCUGAGAAAGAAGUGCGGCGGAGUGGGGUAGGUGUUGGUGGAAGGGACGAGCGAAUGAGAAAUACCGAGAGAAAUUAACCUCGGGACAAAGGUCACUGGUCUGUCUGAGUUUCCGAUUGGUUGAGAGCUUGACCCACGUACCUCUAGGCUCGCUCCUCUACACGAUGUUGUGGUGUUCCAGAGAAGGUGUGAGUCAGCAUGCAAACAACAAACAGGGAAGAAGGCAGUAAACAGUCUCGAGUUAAUGAAGGCAACAAUUUAACACGCAUUAGGACGAACUCGGAUUAUUUUAAUCAGGAAGAACAUUAUCAAGAGAUUUGCUCGAACAUUCGAUACGUUAGAAUCUGCGUUUUGUCAGCGGUUGUGUGGAUUCUGACAUUUCGUGCGUUUGAAAUCAGAUCCAACAAGAAGGAAAGAAGACAAUCUGGCCUGGCAGUAAAAUUAAGGAGGAAAACCACACAGUCAGGGUUAAGAUCCUGGCAUUUCUUGGAAAUUAUAUUUUGACUUGUUGAAAUACAGGAGAAGAGAAGAGCAGAAGGUAGGAGACAAGAGACAUUGAAAGAUUUUGAGAUGGUCCAUGACGAAUUUUCUAGAACGCGAUGUCUUGUCUGCAUCUUCAUGUACUGGACGGCAGUAGCCCUUGGAGCUGAUUUCCAAAUCGAGAAGCUGCACGCGUCAAAGCGUGACUACGAGCUGACGUCAGAAUUGUACCCGGAUCCUUAUCCGAACGAGAACGCCACCUGGAGGUGGAACGUCACCAGCGGCUCCUGGGCUGUCCUCUUCAUGGAUUUCCGAGUCGCGUGCGAGAGGACAGCAGGUCAAGGAGACAGGAUGUUCGUUAGUCAGAUAGCGAUGACAUUCAGCUGUUCCAAUAAACCAGUCAAAGACUACUUUUAUCGGGUACACCACCCGAGCUUCAGAAUCGAGUUGUACGCUGGUGGCAGCAGACAAACGGACAGAGGCUUCAAGAUUAAAGUGGUGUACGCAGAUAAUGAAGGAGAACUCGAAAGAAAGAUAGAUGAUAUGCGGAUAGACGCAUACAAGAAACACAACACUUCCGAGGGUGGCCAGCAAGAAACAUGUCUCCUGUUUCUAAUCUUCCUCGUCGUGCUCGUCCUGAUCAACAUCGCCAUGGUGGCGUGGGUUUGCCUGUUGCGGCGCCACAAUCAGAGGCUGAAGACCUCCUACACCUUCAGCAUCCGUGAACUGCGCCCACACCUUCCUGCCGGGUGUCAAGCGGUGCAAGACCUCAGCCCCGAGGCCAAUGAAACAACUAGGUUGGAUCCCAGCGAGCCAGCCCCGCCACCAGAGCCCGAGGUUCCUUCCCCGAGGCGCCAAGUGCAGCGCAACAACAGCGAUGCAUCCUGGGUCAUGCGAGCGCAGACAUCAGUGCCAAAGGUAUCCUGCGGCGGCUGCGGAAUCAACAACAACAAUAACAACAAUAACAACAUCAGCAGCCGGAAGUUGCGGAGCAGGAACCGCGCCGCCAGCGAGUCCGCCGUGCGACCUCUGGGCUCCACCUCGUCGACCCUGACCCUCGAUUCCGACGACUUGGACGACGAAGGCUUCGAGCCGUCUCCUGCAGGCAGCUCUCGGGGGGACUCCCGCCUCGGUCCGCUACCGGAGGAGCGCCUGAGCCGCAACUGCAGCCUCCCCACCCUGCGGACUCUCCCACCCGCCGAGCACGCCGCCCGCUCCGUGGACAACGCCGGGUACUUCCUGAUGUCCGCCGCCAAGGUGGAGUACUUCAAUGCUCAUCAGUGACACUCGUCUGGUGGCAGGGGCGACUCGCGAUGAGAAUUCAGAACACAGGUCAAAGGUCUGGUAAUGUGUUCUGAUGAACAUCUUGAACAUUGGAACGAUUCUGGCAGACGAGAGGACAAGAGUGCGAACUCGUCUCUAUUUGGCCAACUCACUGAUCACGUGACAGUCACAGUCAAUGUGUUUAAAAAUACUUGAAAAAUCUAAGCAUCCUCUAUUUCCUGUCCAUUAAAUCACUUAACAUUUUGGAUUUAUUUUUUAUUUUAUUUUGCGUGAUGCAGGAAGUGAACUCUGGUCAAUCUUUAUUUCCAAAGUUGGAUAAAAAUGUGUUUGUCCUACCCAUCCAGCUUAGUCUCUCCAGUUUAUUUUUUUAUAUUUUUGCGAUGACAGGAAAUGAAAAAAAUAGAUUGCUAUGAACUCUU